AUACCAGUCCAUAGUGAUAAAAAUUGGAUCAUCGGACUCUUUGGUUAAAAAACACUAGAUCAUCGGACUCCAUGGCAAGGAUAAGCAUUGGCACCAUGGUUCUCGGGCUGUUGAUAGCCAUAUGUUGCACAGCCACCAUUGCCCACAGCAAGGAGUGGACCGUGGGCGAUGCCAAGGGCUGGAGCUUCCGCGUCGCCGGUUGGGAAAGUGGCCUGGCAAUCCACACAGGCGACACACUUGUGUUCAAGUACAACCCGAAGGAGCACAACGUGGUGCAAGUGGAUGAAAAGAGCUACAACGCGUGCAGCGUCUCCGGGCGCCUCUCCGGGGAUUAUAACUCGGGCAAUGACCAUAUCCGGGUUGGCCGAGGCAAAUCCUUCUUUAUCUGCAGCUUUGCCGGUCACUGCGAGCAAGGCAUGAAGAUUGCCAUCACCCCCGAGUAGAUAGAUACUCUGACCGAGAUCCAUCCAAGCAUUCUCUUUCUCCUAUACAUGUUUCUGUAUUCUGUUUGGAAGUUGGAGCCGAUUGAAGAAAUAAAGGGAUCCCAGAAAUAAAUUGA